CGGGGGGACCAAAAUGAACAUUACAAAAAUGUAACGAGAGGGAAAAGAAUAAUAGUAAAUCGGACAGGAGAUAUACUCGGGGCCCGCAAAAAAGGAGAAAUUGGAGGGAUUUUGGCAAAAAUAGGGUCCUGCUUCCAGUGGCCACAGCAAAGAACAAAAGGUGCAUGACUGUGCCGCCGCGCCGUAGGUUGUCGGCCUCCUUUCCCCGCUCCCAUUUCUUCCGACCAGAUUCAUUUGCUCGGUACUAGAGAGUCUUAGAUAUCAUUAUAGCAGCCGCCUAUUUGCGAUCCAUACAGACACCUAGGAGAGAAAAAUGGGUACUUGCGUGGAUGCUGACGUCUUGCCGACGCCCAAGCCGGAGGAUCAUGGCCCGGGGUUUUCUUCUUCCGACGAAGCGGCGUUGGUUGAUAAGUUCCAGAAUGUGGUAGGGCUUUAUCCACAUUACGGCGGUGGUGGUGAUUCCGACGGCACUAACACCGCCGUUCUUCCGCUCAGACCCUACGCCAGUGACUGUCCGUAUUACAUUAAAAGCGGUGUUUGCAAAUUUGGGCCACUCUGCAAAUUUAAUCACCCUGUUAAGAGAACUGGACUGGUAACUUUUAUUUCUAAACCCACAUUGUGUACUUUAACAUGCUUUUUUCUUUCCCCUUUUUUGGCCUUUUGUUUAGGGUGAGAAGAAGUAAUAUUUUACCCCCUGUCAUUUGUUUGGUUUUGGAAUCGAGUUCCAGAUGGUGAAAGACAAGGCCAUGGACUCGGAUACAGAGGGGCAGCAUGUUGAAUGCAAGUACUACUUGACUGCUGGAGGUUGCAAAUAUGGCAGCUUUUGUAGAUACAGUCACUCUAGAGCUGUUUCUGACGUUGCAGGCCCGCUGCUCAACUUUAUUGGCCUUCCAAUAAGAUUGGGAGAGAAAGAAUGCCCCUACUUUAUGCGUAAUGGUUCCUGCGGGUAUGGAGCUCGUUGUGUGUUUCACCACCCUGAACCAUCGUCUAUUGAGAAACCCUAUGAUAAAUCUUUGAGGAGCCGAGAUUGUGAAUCUGUUCCACAGCAGUUGGCUGAAGAUUCCAAACCCCAUCAAGAGCUGGGGUCUUUCCGCCCUCUCUCUGACAGAACAAUUUCUCACCCAAAUGAUGACCUAUAUCGCAGCAUUCCUAAUUCGUUUCAGCAGCAUUCUGGGCUAAAUCAGUAUCAGGCACCAGAAUAUCUGCAUCAAAGGAGUACGCAUGCUCAUCUCACUCUUGGAGCUGACAAAGCAGAUAUGCUGCAGCCACUUAGUCAUGGGGACGUUGAAGAUUAUCCUGAACGUCCUGGUCAGCUUGAAUGUGCUUUCUUCAUGAAAACUGGGUUCUGUAAAUUUAAGUCUGCAUGUCGGUUUCACCAUCCAAAGAAUCAGUCAAAACCUCUGCUGAGUGAGAAAGGCCUACCUCUGAGACCUGGUAGAAGUAUCUGUCGGUAUUAUGAACGAUUUGGUGUUUGCAAGUUUGGCGUUGCGUGCCUGUUUGACCAUCCGGAAAAUCUUAACUCGUUAAAAUCUCAAGAUUGGUCCUCUUCAAAGCCUGCAUCUGAUCAUUAUGGUGGAUCUUAGGCGAAUGAUUAGGGGCUCAAGCUGAUUUGAAUUUGAUGGGUUAUGGGGUACGUGCUAAAGAUCAAACCAGGUAGAAUAAUUUAUGUUACCAUUUUGGAUUUCCUGACAAAACUGGAGUAACUUUAGUGCAUGAUAGACUGUUGAUGGCUUACUUCGGAUUUCUUGAUAUAGUCGUAGUAUUUGCUACCAACCUAGCUGUAAGCUUAUGGGGAUUAUAUUUUGUUAAGAAAAAAGAUACUCUACUUGGCAGUCCUUUAAUUUAUAUUAGUGUUUUGACGAAAAUAUAUGGGAAACAGCACUGUUUGUCAUAAUCUUCAUAAUCU